AUGGAUCUUCAACUCUCCCCAGUGGAGAAGCAGAGCCGCCUUCUGACCAUUCCUCUUGAGGUCCUUCUCAACAUAUCCUCGCAUCUCACCACUGCCGAGUAUGGAAACCUUCGUAGAACUUGUCGACACAUCGAGGCUUCCUUUUACAAGUCCUUCGCCAAAGAGUUCUUUACAAAGAGACAAUUCAUGAUCACCCCUUUCAGCCUCGAGGCUCUCGUGGAUAUUUCCAAGUCAAGAUUCGCAUCUAGCGUAAAGUAUCUCAUCAUUAGCCUUGAGCGACCGCCCGCAGCCACGCAUAUUAACUCACUAUCCCCUCCUCCCUUUACGGAUCUUGAUGGGGCACUUAGCUUCAACAAGAUGCGUCAGGAGAAGUCUCUUCAUCAGUCCCUAGUCAGCUCAGGUGAGGACUCUAUGCUUCUUACUGAGGCUCUUCAAGGCUUGACCAACCUCGAAACUGUCGGUCUACGAGACUUCGCUUCCUCUGGUCGGUGGCGUGAAGGCCUUGAUCAUAAUUGGCAAACCUAUGGCGCCCCGACAUUUCUCGCCGAGACGGGAGGUUACAUGCUUGAAGUGCCUCGGUUCGAUCACCAUAUUGACAUUACCGUCCAGGAUGGCCCCAUAAAAUAUAUCAGCCACACCUUCUUGACGAUAUUACGGGCCCUAGGAAAGACACAGAAUACACACAACCCUCCUCGGUUAGAGUGCAUCUUACGACACUGUCAUCUUCCGGAUCAGGCCUUCCAUAUACCUCGUUAUCUCGAGUCCGCCAUCUUCCCUCUUCUCAACGGGCUCAAAACCCUCUUCUUAGACUUGGGAUCAGCAUCGUUUUCGCCUAUUGUUAUCAACGAUGAGGGAUCCUUCAAACGUUACCUCGCCCUGUCUGUUGUCAUGUUUCUUUCGAAAACCCCAGCCCUUGAGCAUUUGCGGCUCAACUUUCGUUCCUCUCUAGAACACGAAACGACAGAUCUUCUUCAGUGGCUUGCGCAGGAUCCCACGGAGUCGCAGACUACAGCAUCAGCAGCGCAGGAUAUGGCACAUGUAAAUGACUUACGAGUCAAUCUUCUUCCACGGUUGCCGCAGUCGCCCGAGUUCCCACACUUAGUGCAACUGGACAUUGGGAUGAUAACCAUCCGUCCAUCUCUGCUCUUGAGCAUUUUCAAGAAAUUCAAAUCAACCCUACGACAAAUCAGCCUACACAGAAUUGUCCUUCAAUGUGCACAGAUUCAUAACACCGAAAGCAAAGUCAAUCAUUGGGCCAAGCUAUUGAAGCAUAUUGCGAAGCUUCAGCUCGAUCUCUCCGCCGUGAAGCUUUCUUAUCUCAAACAGAAGCAUGGUCAUUCUAUGUUUCCAGCAUUAUUCAAAGAUCUCAGCAAAGAUACAAAUGCCCGAAGUGUUCUUGUCGUGGAAUGGGCAGGUCAAGAUUGGAAACGCUUUUCUACGGAGGUCAUCGAGUCUGUCCAUAUCAAUUGGCAGAAUGGGUUGAAUAAUCAAGAUGGGGAACUUGGUUCUUCGGAUUCGGAGGGUAAGUAA